AUGGGCGAUAAUUCCGCCCCGGUCCACACCCAAACCCGGGAUGGAGAGCGCCAUGAUGUCGCUGACUCCGAUACCUCCGUGACCAUGGUCAGCAACGACCAUCCCGAUGCCCCGAUUCGAGACACCCCGCUGGUCGAGGACCUUGAACAGGAAAGCAGACCGCCAACCCCCCGUUUCAUACAGGAUGAGGGGUCUUGGAAGCGCUUCAAAUGGGUGCCGUACCCUGUCCGCCGUGUCAUCAAGGCCACCGCAAAGUGGGCUCGCGGCCCAUCCACUCCCCAUCGCUAUCGCAUCGAACCGCUCUUUCCCCAAGUGCAACACGCUCCUAUCGUGAUCCUCGACAAGUACCUGCCCCGAAAACUCCACAGAGGCUUUGCCGUGUUUGGUUUCUUUGGGAUAUGGCUCCUCACCUUUGCCCUGGUCAUGCGCGAGGGCCUGAUAGCGGCCGAGAUCCCGGAGUGGGGGACGCCCACCCAGAUCGGCUGCGGAUCGACCUACUGGACGUCCGGGAACGGGUGUGGCGUGGACGGCGUGGACUGUCGGCCGUUCAGUGAUGGCGGAUACCCGUUCCGAUGCCCGGCGAACUGUGCGAGCUAUCAGGUAUUGAACCCGCGCGCGGUGGGAGACCAAGAGAUCAUCUACCAGCCACUCGUCAUCGGCGGCCCGCCCGAGCCAAGCAAUACGACGGCAGUGUAUCGGGGCGAUUCGCACAUAUGCGGCUCCGCGAUACACGCAGGUGUCAUAUCUAACACUGACGCUCGACGAGGAACGGUAUCACAAGUAUCGGCUUUGACUCGUACUUCCCACUGUCGUUCACUUUUGAGCAGGACGUCAAGUGCGACGCCCGUGACGUGGUCUGGUCACUGCUCACCAUCUCAGUCGUCUUCACGGCCGUCUUUUCACUCUUGUGUCACUUCGCCGGCGCUCUUCUUCUUCCCCAUUUUCACCGUCUUGUACUGGACGGUCGGCAUGGCUACGGACACUCCCAACCACCGCGACAUACCCUCGCUUUUCUCGCUCGAGAUUGGUAGAUUCCUGCCCGCCAUGUUCGUCGCAUGGGUCAUGUAUGACAAAAUGGGUAUCAGGCGGACGCUCAAAGGCCUCACGGCGCAGGUGGAGAAGACCGUCGUCUGGCUCGGCGCUGCCUGGGUGGGCGCCCUGACCAACUACACGCUGGACUUCAUCCCCAUCCAAAGGCUCACAGCACGCGACCUCGGACGACAGCCCGGCGCACAGGCCGCUCUCUCCAUCAUCAUCAUCGUCCUCGUGGCCAUCGCCGCCGCACAGGUCUGGUUCUUCCGGCAAGAAGCCCGCCUCCUCCGCAACCUGCGACUCUACGCCCUUUUCAUUCUCGGCAUCAUCAUCUGCGUCUCCAUCCCCAACUUCAACCUGCGCAUUCACCACUACAUCCUCGCCCUCCUCCUGCUCCCGGGUACGGCCAUCCAGAUCCGCCCCUCCCUCCUCUACCAGGGCCUGCUGAUCGGCCUGUUCAUCAACGGCAUCGCCCGCUGGGGCUUCGAUCCCGUCCUGCAGACCGACUACGAGCUCCGCGCCGACGCCCCGAUGGAAUCGCCGCUGCCGUCCAUCCACCACCCCGUCGUCGCCGGGAACACCAGCAUCACCUUCUCGUGGGACCCGCCGCCGGGGUCCUACGACGGCCUCAGCGUGCUGGUGAACGACGUGGAGCGGUUCAGGAAGUAUUUUUACGAGGGCGUCAGCGAGGUCACGAAUGUGACGUGGGUGAGGGACCAGGAUCUGGUGGUGAACGAGUAUUUUCGGUUUGCGUGGAUGCAGGGCAGUCAGAGGGGGGAUUAUACGCGCGCGGGGACGUGGAAUGAGAAGGGGGAGUGGUUGGAGAUGGCACCUGGUCCGUCGCGAAUGAGGGCGAGGGAUGGGGGUGAGGAUGUGGGCGUAUAA